AAAAGAAUGAGUUUUAUAAUACCAAAUUUGUUUUGCGAAGCUCAUAAGAAAACUCAGAUCACAUUAUUAAAUUUAACAGUGGGUAAUAAAAGGGACUAAAGAUUAUUUUGUUAUAGAUGUAAUAUCCGUGCAUAAUCAAAUUUAUAUUGUUUAGAAGAUAUUAAUGAAUUAACAACCUCUCUGAAGAAAUCUGAGAAUGAAAAUAUUAAAAAGAUUUAAGAGGAUACGAAAAAGUUGAAUAAAAUAAAGAUUUAUAUAGAUUAGAUAUAAGAAAUGUAUAAUAAAUUAGAGAGUGAUCAUUAGUAAUUACUUAAUUCAGUAAUAGAUAAUCAAAUAAUAAAACCAAAUGAUGAUAUAGAUGUUUUCUUACAAAAAAAAUCAUAUUGUACCAAGCAGGAAUUGAUAAUGAUGACAGAAAAGGUGAGUAAUAUAAUAAAAUAAAAUAGUGAUAAAUUAGAAUUAUUAGAAAACUAUUCUAUUAAAUAUUUAGAUUAACAUCAAUAAUAAGAAGAGAAUAUAAAUUAUCUAUAUGUUUAAUUAUAAUGGGCGGAAUAAAAAUAAGUGGGAUAAAAAUAGGAGAUUGUUAGUGAAAUAUAAUAGUAAAAUUUUGAAUAAAUAAUUCCUGAAAUAGAAUAAAUGUAGGAUUAAGGAGUUUAAUAAUUUUAGGAAAAAGUAGAGAUAUAAUUAGAGUAAACAAGGAUAUAUGAUAUAAAAUUUAAUACAGAAAAUAAUAUAUUUGUAGUUGGAAGUUCAAAAUUAUCUAAUAGUAAUUGUUAUGCAUAGGUAUGGAGAUUUGAGAAAGGUUAAGCAUCAUGGAUACAAGAUUUAGAGAAUAGUCAUUAAAAUGAUAUUAAAUCAAUAUGUUUUUUGAAUUCUGAUGAUUCAUUUUUUACAGGAAGUCAGGAUAGUUCAAUAAUAUUUUGGAAAAAAGAACAUUAAAAAUGGGAAAUAGGAUAAGAAUUAGCAGGUCAAUAAAAUAGUGUUAUAGGUUUAUAAUUGAAUAGUGCAGGGAAUAUAUUAGCUGCUAUAUCUAGUUAAAUACAUUUGUGGACAAAAUUAAAUUAGUAAUGGGAAAAAGGAUAAGUUUUGAAUGAUUGUAAAAAGUAGUUUUUAUGUUUGAGUUUUAAUAAUGAUGAUUCUUAUAUAGUAGCAGGAAGUUCAGAUUGUUAGAUUUAUAUUUAUUAAUAUUAGAAUGGUAAAUGGAUUUUGAAAAAUAAGAUAACGGAUUAAUCCUAAGAAGUUACUUUUGUAACAUUUUUAGACGAAUAGAAUAUAAUGGGAUUAUUAAAGGAUAAUCAUUUAAAUUAUUAUGAAUGGUCUUAAAAUAAUACAUAUGAAUAAAAAUUGAUAGCUAAGAUUUCAUCAUAUUAAAUUGGUUAUUCUAAGAAGAAAAGAACAUUAAUAGUUUCAUCAGGUAAAACAAAUGAAACUUAAAUUUAUUAAUAAGAAUAGUAAGGAGAAAUUAAAAGUAUUUAAUAAAUUUAGGUAAAAAGUGAAUAAGUAUAUUAAUCAAAUGAUGGAUGUUUAAUUGCAAUAUUAACAAAUUAAAAAUUAAAAUUUUAUUAAUAAUAAAAAAACGAGUAUUGA